UCUCCUGGCUAGGCGCAUUACGAGUUGCGCCGGUCGACGUUUAUAUCUUUUGUGAAAAAAAAAAGAAAAAAAACCAUACGGAAGAGCAAAAAACAGGGUUUUCUGUGUUAACGCGAUAGCAUGAAAAUACAUCGGAGUGUCAUCGGAUUCGAAAACAUCGUUGAGCAGCAAGUUCGAUCUCUUGGAAUUUCCCUCUAACGUUUUUGACAUCGACGCUUUGAAAUUCGCGCGCCUUUCGCUCCUAUGGACACUUAUUUCUGGACGUGAAUACAAGGAUCGAAAAAGAGUCGAUAAGAUUUGCUUGGUCACGCAAUUUAAUCUUACUUUUUCAAUCAUUCAAAAGUACGUCGUAUUAUUAUCUAAAAGUGAAAGAAAAAAAACGAGGAAACAAGUGCAUUUGGUGCGUCGAUUUUUUUUAUUGGACAAGUGUUUUUUUUGUUGUUGUUGUUGUUGUUUUUUUCGUCGUCGUCGUCGUCACAUUGCCACCGAACGCAAUAAGAAUCAUAGCACUGCAAAUGCUUCUCAAAUUUAUGCCAUAACACGUUCUUAUUCAAUGACAAACAAAAGCACAAAACAAGGUCAAAACUCGUCAAGUACACUCUUAUCAAGGGACCUAUAUAUUAGUGACAAUAUUCCAUAAAUAACUUUUAGUAUAAUAUUUUGAAAAGGCAAGUUUUCUAGUGUCCCGUAGUCGAUGAUAACCGACGAAUUACUUAUAUAAAAAUUGCAUGUCAAAAUAAUAGAAUUGUAGAAAAUGAAGUAACGAAUGUUCACGAAUACACUAUCACUGUUGAAAAUUGUCACUUUCAAAAAUCACGGUGAUUAGUUUGGAGCUGAAAAUGUUGCACUUGUCGAGAAAUUUUCAGUGACGCGUCCUCAAGUUCUGUCCGUAUACAUGUUCGAAUCACGUUCGAAUCGUUUAUUCUUUUGCGCUUAAACUUAGGAAAAAGAACGGCUCGUUCAAGUCCAUGACCUGUCAAUUUUGCGACGCGCAAUUUUACGCUUUCAAAGUAUUGGUACGCGUGUGAAUCAGUGUUUCGCGACGAGUCACCAACGCUCGCUGUACGGUCGCGACACAUCGCUGCUCUUCUAUUGCUACGUCAUAUACGUAUGGCAUUAGUCCGCCUCUGUUGGCCGGCUGGGUACUAAGAGACUGAGCGUCGAACGCAAACUGGCGUGUGAUAUUUUCCUCGAGAGUAUAGUGUCAGUGAAUAUAAUCGUCUUGUAUGUUCUACCUGUUGACAGUUCGUCGAGAAUCGCGCGAUUGAAGAAAAUGAUGAAAUAAUGGACUAAAGGAUGAUACACGUGUCGAGACCUGGCUCGAUACAGCAGCCAGAGCACAAUUAUGGAAUACGCGUUUAAUUUUACUUCUCUUAACGUUCAUUGAAAAAUAAGCUCGAGUGAUCUCAAAACUUCAAAUUUAAUAGUGUAACAGAAACUCAACUUGAAUAACGAUUUUACACGUUAAGCGCGGUAAAUACGAUUUCAAUUGGCGAUGAAAAAGAAUACCAGCUCUCUGUGGUCCUGCAUGAUUUUGAGGUUAUUUUGUGUUACGACGUUUCCAUUAGGUAGAGAUAUCAAAAAGGAGUAAAAUUCAAGACUGUGCUGACGAAUGGGAAAAUGUUGGACCUGCUGUUUGUACUUAAUGUCAAAGCUGAUCCUCUGUGACAGCUCAAUUACUAAAGCAAUUGACUGAUUCGUAUUGAAACUACUAUCCACUUUAUUUUUCUGCAAAAUUAAAAAAAAAGUGUUAUUAAGACGGAAAACAUUCUGUGAUUGAAGAUACAUCCAGUGGUAUAAUUCUGAAAAGUGAACAAAUUCUCUUCCGUUAAAAUGUUGUGUUUGAAGAAAUUGUACAGCGACGAGCUGCUUCAGCUUGCUCUGUUGCUUUCGCUGUUGCGCGUCGAUCCUGAAUCUUAUCUCGGCUUGGAUACUCUCAGCAUUAGAGUUGGAUCGCUCAAUCUCAACAACGGCUCUGGUUGGCACACCGACGCUCGAACUAUUGUCCACCGACCAGUUUAUGUUCAUCCAAAAAAUCUUGAUUCUAUGCUCCUGAGCUAUGAAAGAGAUCUCUUCGAGGACCUCAACUCCCUUGGACGUUACAACAGAUUGAACUCUGCCCAAAAUAACAUACACGCUUAUUUGUUGAACAUUGAAGAAUCUGGAAGAGACGCAGCGGUUGCCGGACCCAGCAUUUCAGCUUCAACCGACCCAGCCAGAAAUGUCACUUCUCCCGAUCCACCAAGUUCUGCUCAUAAUCCUGAAGAACCAAGCGUCACCCCUGCCGAACUCACUCAAGAGGACAUGGACCUCAUUGAGGUAUUAUGGAAACAGGACGUGGAUCUCGGCUUCACACUGGUUGAACAAACCCCAACGAAACCGGCGUCGGCCUCAACCUCGGAAAAGGAAUCGGCGGAUGAUCUCGAAAAACUGAAAGCGCUGAAAGCCAUCAACGCUACCAAAAACGAGGAAGAUGCCGAGGACAACGAAAAGCCGAAGGAAGAGGAUCCGUGGGCUGGAUUAUCCUACACAGUUGACUUGGAAACCGGCGAGUAUAUACUCAGUUCUGGAAGUCCCGGAGGAAGCAGAGCAGGGAACAGUGCUGAGAACGAGGAUCACUUAUUACUGGGUGAACCAACGUUAAACUUGAACGAUCACUCGUUGGUCGGUCUCAACGACGAUUCGCUCGGCCUCAACGACUCUUUGGAUCUCGAGAAUGAUUUCACCUCGGAAUUACUGAGCGAUGGUCUCCUAGGUGGAACAGGAGUCGAGGGUUUACUCGGCAACGAUUCGCUCGGCUUGCCCGACGGUUUUAAUCUCGAGGAGGCCCUUCAGCUCGUCGGCCUCGACGAGGACCAAACCGAGGAAUUAGAUCAGGACGCGAGAAAGGGGAAGAAAGAAAGUGAGGGAUCGUCCUCGAAAGAUUGCGUUGUCGAUUGUGACAACGAGGACGCCAAGGGCGUUAGAAGCAGCGAAGAAACUCAGCCCGGAAGCGACGAGGCACGAUCGUCCGAGUGCAAAGAUUCAGAAUCCGACGAAAUGAUCAACAUAUCGCAUCCCCAGCUCCAUCAUCCUCACCACCACCCACAUCAUGUUUCGUUCCAAAGUCGCGUGCCAUUUCCACGUUCAGUGAGCAUGGAACAGCGAUUGCAAGAACAGCGAUGGCAAGACCAACACUGGCAAGACAUUGCUUCGAUACUUCAUAUGCGAGGCCCAGGAACAGAUCAUUUUGGUCACACAGGUCAUUCUGGUUAUCCAGGUCACAGCGUUGGCCACAGUCCUUACGAGGCGCAGCGUAAUGUUCUUCUCCAUAAUGCGACCCUCGCACCACCGGUUGGCGAUCUCAAUAAUACCGGACCUUACCACAAUGCCGGUGGACCGUCGAAUCUCGGAUCAGCGGUGGCCACAUCGAUGAACCUGACCAACAGUAGUGAGCCAAUGGGAACUGAGAGCGGUGCUGCAUAUAAAUCCGAGCCAAAUGACAUGAUGUACUACCAUACAUCGGCUUCCGAUACCAUCAAUCAAACAACCGACGGAUUUCUCUCUUCAUUACUGAACGACGAAGAUCUACAUCUUAUGGAUAUGCCCCUGAACGAUGGCAUGUACACGAUGCGCAUGCUCGACAAUAGCAGCAACAAUGCAUCAGGACCGACCGGUGCGGCUGCUCUGCCGGGAGUACAGGCCGCAGCUGGAACCCCGACAUCGGCAACGGGAGUAACAACUCUGACCGGCGUCACGGACGAGAGGAUGGACGCCUCGAGCGACAGCGCAGUCAGCAGCAUGGGAAGCGAAAGGGUGCCAUCCCUCUCGGAUGGAGAGUGGAUGGAGACGGGCUCAAACUCGAGUCACACGCAGGCAGAUUCUCAUUAUUCGAUGGACUAUGCCAGCAAAUACCGGAUGCCCUAUGACUACAGGUAUCCCGUAUCCGGCAGAAGCGGUGGUUCGCAGCGCUGUCCUACCGAACGUGGCGUUCCACCUGUUGCCCAAAAGAAACAUCAAAUGUUUGCUAAGCGAUACUUCCAGGAGCAAGGAACCGGAUCGCCAUUGGGUGCGAGCGCUCACUCAACAGCAGCGACAAAAUACGAAUACGAUUCCCAAACGGUUGGGGCUGGUGCGCCUGGGAAUGCUUAUUCCGGGCCAAUCGAGGGUGCUGCGGGUCCACAACCGGAAAUGAAGUACAGUUGUAGCGUUGAUUUUUCACGUCAUCAAUCCGGCCGUAGUGCUAUUGAGCACGUACAUCACAAUCACACUUAUCACUUGCCGGCUGAGAGUUCAGGAUCUCUUCAACGACCACUCUCCCGUGAUAAGAAAGUUCGUAAAAGCGAAGUGGAUGAGCAUCUGACACGGGACGAGAAACGUGCCCGAUCUUUGAACGUUCCGAUCGCCGUUCACGACAUAAUUAACUUGCCAAUGGACGAAUUCAACGAGCGUUUAAGCAAGUACGAUCUCAGCGAGGCACAGCUGUCUCUAAUCCGUGACAUUAGACGACGAGGAAAGAACAAGGUUGCCGCUCAAAAUUGCCGCAAACGCAAACUCGAUCAGAUAAUCAGCCUUGCCGAUCAAGUCAAAGAAAUGCGCGAUCGGAAAACGAGACUAGUACGAGACAGAGACUUCAUGCAACUCGAGAGGGAACGCGUCAAAAACAAAUUUAGUCAACUCUAUCGACACGUUUUUCAGUCGUUGCGUGAUCCCGAGGGGAAUCGCUAUCAUCCUUACGAGUACAGUCUCCAAUUGUCGGCUGACGGAAACGUGUUGCUCGUGCCCAGAAACCAAACGAAUCCCCAACAUUCGCGUUCAUCAACGAUGGAACCAAAUUCGAAACCAGAUCCGGAGCACAAAGAAUGAAAGAUGACAGCAGAGGAAGCUGUUAAGCGAUUGGUAAUCAGGGGAUUCGACGUCACCGAGGGCAAACUGCUAUCGGGCAGAACCGGUGUUAUUACAUGCUCGUUGCAGUUCAAGACAUAGCGAGCGAAAGAAUUUUUAGUUAUUAAAAAAAUUUUAAUAUAAAAAACAAACAAAAAUUGAAAUAAAACAAGACGAAAUAGUUGCGAACUAUUCCAAACGAAAAAAAGUUGAUGGUCCGUAAUUUCCGUUGAAAACAAUACUAAAACAUUGAAUAAUUACGAACUAUUGUGAGAAGAAAAAAAAGUAGAUAAUUUGUUGUAACUUGGUUCGCUUCGAUGCGAAAUUUCACUUUUUGCAUAAUAAACGUAUGCGCUUUUUGGGAUUUCGUCUCAAUGAUGUGAAGCGCGAAUCGUUUUUGACUGACACUGGGUCUAGAAGACCAUGUUAGUUGAGGUAUCUCUUUCGCUUUUAUAACAAAAAAAUCGCGUGUCUUUGGGAAAAAGAAGAAUAAAAAAUGAAAAUGGUCAACACGAGUAAUCGGAACCUUGAGGCUUCUGAUUUACGCAAACACAAAAUGAUUAAUGCAUUGUGAAUACUUAAUAUUUACGAGAAUAGAAAACAGGAAAUGUACAAUGUAGCCGGGAAAAGCUUGAUUUCGUGAAUUCUACGUGACACGUGUUUAAUCCUAUUGAAUGUGUGAGAGAGUGUACCAGAAAAUAACGCAAACCGAAAAAUUCGUCCGAUCGUGAAACUUACUUGAUCGUGGUUCCUUUAUGACGAUAAUAACGAAAGCGAAACAACGAAAAAACACAUACAAUUGUAUUUGUUUUGAGGUUUCUUAUCAUUGAAAUCAUUUCAUUCGCGUUCAAGUGAUAGACCGGGGAAGAGAGGAUAGUUAUGUGAAACAUUACUGUUCCUCUGACGUUAGGCACCUUGCAAUGGCUUACCCAAAGUCGCCCAUCCGUAUUCGUCCUGAUCGUGGACUUGUUAUUGUUUUAUACUUGUACCUAAUAAAUAAUAUGGAAUUCUUAUUCAAAA